AUGACAACCCCAACAAUGAAAGCGGUCAACUACGUCGGGCCUCGCAAGGUGAAGGUCGAGGAGGUGGAGAAGCCAAGGAUUGAACACCCAGACGAUGUGAUCGUCAAAAUCACUACCGCUGCUAUCUGCGGAUCCGACUUACAUAUGUACGAAGGCAGAACUGCGGCCGAAGCAGGUAUCACAUUCGGCCAUGAAAACAUGGGAAUUGUCGAAGAAUUGGGCCAAGGCGUUACUCUACUGAAGAAAGGAGACCGAGUAGUGAUGCCUUUCAAUGUCGCUGACGGACGGUGCCGUAAUUGCGAAGAAGGACGUACGGCUUUUUGUACGGGCGUCAACCCCGGAUUUGCCGGCGGUGCCUAUGGCUACGUGGCCAUGGGUCCAUAUAGAGGCGAUAUCUUCCCUACUGGCUGGCACGGUGUCGAAAUAUCCGGCUUCCAACCGGGAGAAAGUGUCGCUGUCUUCGGCGCUGGGCCAGUAGGAUUAAUGGCGGCUUACUCUGCUAGCAUUCGGGGUGCGUCUAGAAUAUACGUUGUUGAUAGCGUUCCAGAGAGAUUGAAGGUUGCCGAGAAGAUUGGCUGCACGCCAAUUGACUUCACGAAAGGUGAUGCAGUUGAUCAGAUUAUCGAAUCCAACGGCGGAAUGGUCGAUCGUUCGAUCGAUGCGGUAGGAUAUCAAGCGUCUGCAAAGGGGGGCAAUGCGGAACAGCCAAACAUUGUUCUUGAGAACAUGAUUCAGGUAACAAGAGCGUGUGGUGGUCUGGGAAUCCCAGGACUAUACGUCCCAAGUGAUCCUGGUGCGCCCGACGAGGCCUCAAAGAAGGGCAUGCUUAGUCUGAGCUUUGGAAAGCUCUUUGAAAAGGGUCUUUCGGUCCGCACCGGCCAAUGCAACGUCAAAGCAUACAACCGGUACCUGCGCGACCUGAUUAUAGCAGGAAAGGCAAAGCCGAGUUUUGUUGUGUCCCAUGAGAUUGCCAUUGAAGAGGCAGAAGUGGCAUACGACAAGUUUGCCCGGAGAAUCGAUGGGUACACAAAAGUUCUCAUCCAUCCUAAUGGAGGUUUCUAG